CAACCAUGAGCGACGAGAAAAGGAUGGAGAAGCUCUUGAAGAGAGCCAAGCCCUUUUUGGAUGAAAAGUUGAAGGCGAAGCAGAGAUUAAGUUCUUUGUGGAAUUUUUUAGACAACGCAAACGAGCAAGAUCAAUGUAAAUUCUUUCAGGAACAUGACUAUCCCGUCUACACAGUCAUGUACGACUGCUUUUCUCAUCAAGUCGACAAAAUCAAAUCACGAGAGAAGCCAGAGAAACCCUUGCCAGUUACGAGCAAGGAAGUCAACGACCUAAUGCGAAUUUUGCAAAUAUUGAGAAAGAUAUUUGCGUACCUUCCCGAGAAGAUGCGAUCAGGAUGGCAACGGCGAAGCAUUGUUGGAGUACUUCAUACGCUGUUGGCAACGACGAAUCACCCAAAACUGCGUAUAGAGGGAUUUCGUCUCCUUCUGAUGUAUCUUGGCUGUCAGACUAGUGAAUCAAGCGAAAUUAUGCCUCUGUUUGCGAAUGCUAUGCCACUGGCUGUAUUCGAUGCAUUUCCCUUACCAAAUCCUAUUGAGCUGGCGAAAGGAGACUGCGAAGAUGAAGAGACGGGAUGGUUAAUAUCCGUUGAUGAUGGAAUAAAUAGUGGGCGAGGGGCUCCUGGUGAGUGGAAGGGCGAAGGGAAGGGCCGCUUGGGUCAGACUCCCAUCGAGUGGGAGAGACGAGUACAUACUUUUAUGACUGGCUCGUCUGGUGUGGGUUCUGGGAAUAGCUCCAUUGACAAGACAUCCUUGUUGCCGAGCAAUACUCCCUUCACAUCUUACGACUGUGUCGACCUUUUUGAAGAGAUUCUACAUAGUCUUGUGGUAGCUGCAGGAGGAUCUGAUCCUACGGUUCCAAUUCAGCCAGCACCAGCAUCUCGAACUAUUUCUUCACUAUCAUCACGAACACCCUCUUUUGGCGAUAUUAGACAAAGUAUCACAAAUGCUAUAAGUGAUACAAGAUCCUCUGGAGGUCGAUAUGGGAAUGAGCCGUCAUCAACGGGGCGUCCUGAGGACAGCACGGACGAUGCGGUGGUAUCAACAAAAUUGGAGUUCUUGUGGGAAAUAUUUAAAAAGUAUUACUUGAGACUGCUGUUCCCUCGAGUUUCGCGAAAAGUUGGGAUGGAAGUUGAAGAUGGAGAAGGAUUCGCGACUUGCCCUCCCCAAUUACUGCACUGUCUCAUUAACUUUCUCAUACGACACGUUGCCGAUCCUUCGUCUUCAUCUUCCCCUUUGCGAACUUUACUUCUUGGAACCGAUAGCUCGAAUCAUGACAUGGUGCACGAGUGGCUUCGACAGGCGAUGCUAUUGCCCUAUGUAUGGAGCGAUGUAACUCGUGGUGCAAUAGGAGUCAUAAGGAUUUGGUGUAAUCUGCCUAACGAUGAACGACCGCCGUUUCUCCGAUUUCCAGCAGCGAGGCAAUCGGUCACAGGUUCAGAUGAGAAGCUGGCUGAUGAUGAUGGUGUCGACCCGAAUGUAUUCCUGAGGCGGUACAUCCGAACUUUACGAUUGGCGUUCUUGGAGAAACCGGAUAGUGUGGAAUACAUUGAUUCCCAAAUGUCGAUUUUUAACGAAGUGCUCUCUUUGUACCGUUUCUUGACACUUGACACCACCCACCUUUCACCAUCUCGCGCAACGUGGCACACCCUGACUUCAACUCUGUUGGAUAUUACCUCGCAAGUCCUUUGCCAAACCGAUCCUUGCGCGGUGGUUCACAAUUCUACAAGGGCUGCCGAAAUCGCCGAUAUACUUCUGGAGACUGUGUUCUGCACGUGGGUGCGAAUCGGCCUACGGGAAGAUGAGAUAUGGCGAACACUGAGAAAAGUUAUCAAGACUUGUACUCGUUGGAGAGAGUGCAUUGUACAAUGGGAGAAAACUACAAUGAAACUGACUCGGAUUCUAUCACACCACGUAUACUCCAUCGACCUGGACGUCGGUUCCAACACCGAUUUGUCCCGACAACCGUCAGUUGCACCUACGCCCACCAGUGCAACAAGUGCAACCACCGUGACACCCCAUAGCAAAACUGUUCCGACGUCAUCUACAUCAUCGGGACCGACCCGGACCCGCGAUCGAUCUCAAUCCAUUUACUCCACAGGAGGUCCUCCAAAGAUUACGAGCACCCAAAUCAGAACCAGAUCAGAUACAUCCAACACUCUUCACGGUGCCAAGAGUGAGUCAGAUUUGGGUGGUGCAUCUAGAAGCGGUGUCAGUUCGCCAGAACCGCGACCUGCGGAGAAAGCAUGGGCAAUUGGGUCAAUGGCGGGGAGGAGCAAAGAAGGGGACACCAAAACCGGCAGUGUUGGAACAAGCGAUGAAGUCACGGACGGAUCACUUGGGAGGAAGAAUGAGACUGGUGUGGUUCCACCAAAGAAUGACAAGAAGACCGGCAUAUCUGUUCACUUGGAAGCUGCUGACAAUCCCAGCCGCAUUCCAAUACUUAGCAUACAGCGAAGCUCGCCAACACCGGAAUUUGAAGAUUUAUCUCAUCUUCCGUUCUGGGAUGCGGAAACGGCUCUGUUUGCAUGGAAGAAUGUUGUCUGUGUGUUGGGUGAUGUUAAUGAGAUUCAAGUGGCAUCAAAUCACGCAUUAGCUAUUGCUUGUCUCAUGGCUGUAUGGGAUACAUUGGAAAAGAUACGAAUGAGUCAACCCUACGAAGGAGAUGUCAUACUCAUGCCGCCUCUGUUCCAAUUCGCAACAUGGUUCUUCAAAGCUGCGGAUUUGGGAGACGAGUACGCAGAAGGGAGAGCCAUUGCAUACGAGAGCAUAUGUAAGAUGAUGUGUCGUAGGCACGAUCAACCAUUCCCAGAGGAUUACUUUUCACACUUCUUCCGGCUCCUGGCAAAGGGUUUUGCGUCUGAUGAUAGGAAAGUUGUAUACGCCAUAUUAGCAAAUUGCCGGAAACUCUUCGCCCUCGGCCUACCGGGCAGUUAUAUCCUCAUCCAGCCAUUCAUGAAAUGUAUUCGGAACCUGUUCGUUGAUGGAGGUCAAAAGGCCGAUGCACAGAAUAUCCCAGAGUCAAUUCGGCAGGACGCGAUUGUCAUUCUUUCUUCACUGAUUCCCGUUUCAAACCAUUACGGAAGGCAAGAAGACAUGCAACUACGACGCAUGUCGUCGACCUCUCAGACAGUUCCUACCUUGCAACCGUCCCGACAGUCUAGCAAAGACGGAAUGUACAUUGGAUCGGAUUAUAGUGGGCAUAUUGAAAGCUCUCGACCCCAAUCCGUGUUGAGUCGUCGAGAAGUCACACCUCCCAGACCCAUCAGUACCAACCAGCUCGGAGCUCCACCACGACCUCCAACCCCAUCUCCCGCUGCCAUAGCAGCCGCUGCUGCUGCUGCCGCGCGGGCAGCCAACAAAGCAUCACCGUCGACAACAUCACCACGUCCAGUUUUAUUACCUCCAUCUCCUGCAGCCCUCGCUGCAGCUAAUCGAGUAGUUACAAGCACGAUGCCAGUAUCGCCUCAAUUUCGCCCCUCUGUAGCUCACUCUCCAGACGGUGGGGGAUACCUGUUCCCAACUGUUUCAUCACCGCAGACACAAAUGCCAUCACCGGAGCUGGCGAUACCCAUCCUCGGCCAUAUGCAAACUGCUGACCCUCCGACCAUGUCAUUCUUGGAAUUAAAAUUAACAAUCAAAGACAUAUUGCUGGCCUUGAUAACAGAGGAGAGAUCACCUUCUCGUCAUGAGAAAAAUCCGGAGACUUUGGCGCUCUUAAUGUGGAGUAUAAGCGUCCUUGCAUUUGAAGAAAUGAUUGGGUGUCAAAGACCGGUUAAAGAAGUAGUCGAUGAUUGCAUAAAUACGCUGCUCGAUCAUCUGACAGUAACAAACUUGAAAGUCGUGCAUGCCGCUGCUGAUGCGCUGACACUGUUUGCUCACAAUUAUAAGCUGGUUAAUUAUCUUGAUAAGCCUAUUCUUCAAGGUGUGGUUGAAAAAAUUGUGGGUGCAUUGACUGAGCAGAUGUUGUUCCAACAUGGCCUUACAAGCAAACAAGUUCGCGGGUAUCUUGUAUCCCGGCUCUUGUACUGCCUCCUUGAGUGGGUUAUGAUUCUCCCACCAGACCUGUGGGCCGUUCCAAAAGUAGCGCAUAUGGUGUUUGAGGUCAUCGAGAAUGCUCUAAGUGCCUCUGAUGGAGGCCAUGGAAGCGUUGGAUCGGGGUCUGAAUCCGAUCGCUCCAUACAGUCAUCAGUCCGCAAACCACGUAUGAGCAUCCACGAGGCUGCACCAUUCCUCGUAAAUACUGCUAUGGGUACACGAGAGGGAAGCUCUUCCUUCCCGCGUGAUCGUCGGUCAAUGAUGAUAUCGGACGGGAAGCCUACCGCGACCGAUCGAGCCGAAGUGAGCGCUACCACUAACGGGCUGAACCAGCCUACGGCAAAAUCUAGCUUUGAUGAUCAGGAUGGUGAUAGCAACUUGAUCAUGGAGACCGCUGAGAAUGUCUUGACCCAUAUCAUACACCAUGUAAACAAUUUUGCACAGCCUUGCGGUGCAGCCAUGCUUGGAAGUCAGCUAAUUGACCCAGCUCUGACUGAAGAUCCUGGGAAGGAUGGCGAGCGGUAUCUGUACUUCACUUACAACAAGACCACUCUGAUCACGGUGAUCGAUAUGCCGGGGCGUACCCCACUGGACUCCCGAGCUCGUCUCAUAAUUCGCGAUAUGACUGGUCGAUAUUCUUGGGAUACAUAUCUGUUUUACGAAGACUUGCAGAAAAUGAGACUAAGAACAGAACAGCAAACUUCUCUUCAUCUCUCUGACGAAUCCAUGGAUGAUGCUCCAGCCCGAUUUGAUGCAGAUCCAUGUCAGUAUCAAGGAAUUGUAUCAGCACUCAAACUUGCUGACGACAUCAGUUUCGAGGAGAAUGUCAGAAGAUUUGUGCCUGAUCCCGUCACAUAUGUACGAGAACAGGGAACCAUGCCUGAGUGGAAAGAAAACACAGGAGUUGAGACUGCGGACAUGUUGGAUGAAUUGCUUCAGUAUAUUGGAACGGCUCAUCCAGACUGUCUUCUACGGGAUAGCACUCCCCUAAAUGUUCCACCAGAACUGCACGCCCCCGCUCGCGAUGCCGUUGGCGAGAUGGGCAAGCAGCUGCAGCGUCAAAUUGAUGCUGAACGCCAAUGUGCCGAAUUCUUUGUCAAUGAUUCUCUGGGAGAAACAGUUCAGCGAAUACAUGUUACAAACGGAGAAGCGCGACGUAUCGAACCACACCCACCACCUGUCGACAUGACCACCGAAAGCUCCAAUCCUCCACGUCGUCGAGCAACCGUUCCACAUGUGCAAACCUCUCAGCGACCCUUAUCACAGCACUCACAGCGAGAAUCAAUCCUGUCUGAAUCCGUUGAACCGACCAAGAGCUACAUUCGUGUGAAACCUGGCCCGCACCCACACACUGCAACUCCGUAUCAGCGUGCACGGCUGUUACUGAGCCAUUUGGGACAUGUUGACUUUGAUGGGCUAAAGUUUGGAUCCUUUCAUAUGCUCGGGAAAACUCCGGCGUUGUAUCGAGACAUCAAAGUCCUGGAUCGCAAGCAUGGGUAAGCUGGCUUGAUAUGCCUUUCCGGUAGCCUGCAACUAACCUAACCAUACA